UUUCCUGAAAUCCAUUCUCAGAUAACUCAGCUGAUGGUUAGGCAAGUCCCUAUGCUAUGAGGUGCUUGCUGCGUGUCGGUCCUAUAUGAUCCUACUAUUGCUGAUAUGUCGUCCUUUUUAUAUUCUUUCAAUUUGUUUUUGUUUGGCUAUGUGCAUCUUAGUUAUGCAGAGGCCGGGUGAUGCUUAUUAUGUUUUGUAUCUGCUUGAUGCUACAUUUUGAAUCAAUAAAAAUGCCCUUUAUCGAAAAAUGAGGUGCUUGCUGCUCUUGGUUGUGUUCUUUGUGGCCGGACCAUGGAAACACCCCGGGGAAGCCCGGCCACUGGUGCCGGCGGUCAUGCUGUUCGGUGACUCGUUGGUUGACAUAGGCAACAACGACUACAUCCAGACUGCCGCCAAGGCAAAUUUUCCUCCAUACGGUAGGGACUUCCAAGACCAUAUCGCCACAGGGAGAUUUUGCAACGGCAAGGUGCUCAGCAAUUUCAUAGGUGAAGCGCUGGGGUUUACUGGCUCCCCAGUAGCAUAUCUCAUCCCGGAGGCAUCGGGGGAGAAUCUUCUUAGUGGAGCUAACUUUGCAUCUGCCCAAUCGGGCUAUUACGACCAAACGGCACAUAUGUAUAACGUUGUCCCUUUGUCCCAACAAUUAGAGCAUUUCAAAGAGUACCGACAUAAGCUGGUAGUGCAAGUUGGGAGCAACCAGGCUCAGUCUAUCAUCUCAGACUCACUUUAUAUCAUCAGUGCUGGUUCAAAUGAUUAUCUCUUCAACUACUAUGUCAACCCUUUCAUUUAUAAAUCCCAGGAUCAGUUCUCUGACCUCCUUAUCGGCAUCUUGAACAACACGGUGGCGGUACUUUACGGCAUGGGUGCUCGGCGCAUCGGUGUUUUCUCUUUGCCAAGUUUUGGUUGUGCUCCCUUAGCAGUCACGGUGUUUGGCCAUGGGGGCAAUGACACGUGCGUAACUAGGCUCAACAAUGAUGCCAUGAGGUUCAACAGAAAGUUAAGCACAUCCGUCGACUUGCUGUCAAAGCGGUACCACGAUCUCAAGAUUGCAGUUCUCGAUUUGUAUACACCUCUGUACAGCCUCGUGACCUCUCCUGGCUCACAAGGGUUCACUGAGUCGAGGACUCGAGGCGAGGAUGCUGUGGGACAGGAACGGUGGAGGCUACGGUGUUUCUCUGCAAUCCUAUAUCGAUCGGGACUUGUCCAAACGCAACAGCAUACGUGUUCUGGGAUUCUGUCCACCCCACAGAAGCAGCAAACAAUGUGAUCGCUGAUUCCCUCGUCGAUGGCAUCAACCUUCUUGUUAUGUAAAUCAUACCGUUGGGAGUAGCCAUGCUGUGAGGGGUAAAGGACAGAGGCACUGCCCUAUACCUAAUACUGC